AUGUCUCGCGAUACUCAUCGUCAAAGAAAACUCUCCAUCUGUUUCGUCUCCGAUUUCUUCCUCCCGCACGUCGGGGGCGUCGAAUUACACAUCGCGCAUCUCGCCGGUAAACUCGCGGAAAGAGGCCACAAAGUGUGCGUGUUCACGCACUCGUACAACGACGACGAUAACAAUACUGAUUCGAACACCAACGAAACGUACUCUGGCGUCCGGUACUUAAAAUCCGGCGUCAAAGUGUAUUACGUCCCGAGAGUGACCAUCAAAGGCACCAACUGCUGUUUUCCGACGAUUUUUGGCGUUUUGAAAAUUUUCCGAAUAGCGUGCGUUCGAGAAAACGUGAACGUGGUGCACGCGCACCAAGGCGGGACUUUAUCGCACGAGUGCGUGUUACACGCGAAGACGUUACAGAUACCGUGCGUGGUUUUUACGGACCACUCUUUGUUUGGGAUGAACGACGACGUGGCGAGCAUUCAUAGCAAUAAGGUGUUGCGGAUGACGCUCGGGGAGGCGGAUCGGGCGGUGUGCGUGACCAACGCGGCGAAGGAGAACACGUGUUUGAGAGGUGGGAUGAACGUUGUGCCGGUGAGGAGAAAGAAAAAGAAGAAGAGGAAAGGACGAGAUGAUGAGGAAAAGGAAGAGGUCGUGUACGAGUUGCGCGGGUUUGAUCCGAGGAAGAUUGAAGUGAUUCCAAACGCGGUGGACGGGGAGGCGUUUUAUCCUCCUUCUCGCGCGACGGAGAAGAGAAGCGAAGGUAAAUCGAGCAGCAGAAGUAGUGGUAGUGAAAGUAGCAAUAAUAGCAGUAAUAGCGGUAGCGCUAAAACACGUGGCAAGAAGGAGGUUACGAUCGUCGUCUGUUCGCGUUUGACGUACCGGAAAGGUAUUCACCUUCUCGCGAAACUCAUUCCGUUGACGUUGAAACGAAAUAAAAACGUGCGUUUCAUAAUCGCAGGAUCGGGGCCGAUGGAACCGCAUUUACGCGAAGUGUGCGAAAAAACACACAAAAAAGAGUGCAAAGGAAAAGUAGAGUUCUUAGGCGAUGCGAAACACGAGAACGUGCCGAAUAUUUUACGUCGAGGGGAUAUUUUUUUGAAUUGUUCGUUGACAGAGGCAUUUUGUACGGCUAUUGUCGAAGCCGCGAGUUGCGGGUUGGUGGUGGUGGCGACAGGCGUCGGUGGCGUUCCAGAAGUGUUACCGGGAGUCACGAUGGUCACUUCUCCGGCGGCGUCGGAGAAGAAAUCAACUAUGGAAACUGGAACGGGAGGAAGAAGAAAACUGAAAGCGGGAAAACCAAAAGAAAUAACGUCCUCUUUUUUAGCCCCGCCGACGGUUUCUGGUUUGUUCGAGCAGCUCGAAAAAGCCAUAGCGCUCGUCGCAAACGGUGAAAUUGGAGAUCGCGAGCGCGAAGCUCUCGGCGAUCAGAUUUUGCAAAAGUAUUCCUGGUCCGCCGUGGCGAAAACCACCGAAAACUUGUACCUAGACGUGCUUCUCGAAAAGGAAAAGAGAAAGAAGAAACGAAAAAAAACAGUCGAAGACGAAAGGGAUGACGAUGAUUUUGCGAACCGCGUGAUUGAAAAAUGUACCUCGCAAGGCGUCGUCUUCGGUCCGCUGUUGUGCUGCAUCGCGGCGCUGACGAAACUCUAUUUGAAAGCGCUCGAAUUCGCGGACCCGGCGGAGAACAUUCGAGAGCGAUCGAAUUUUUUUACGACGACCAACAACCACCCCAUCAUUGCAGAUUCAUCAAAACGUCAACGGAAGAACGGGAGUGAUGCUAUGCGUGGAGACGACGUCGAUAUCGGUCGAUUUCUCGUGUCGAAAAGAAAAAGAAGAAGAGAUAGAAGAAGACGCGAGUGA